AUGGGGAACGAAAACAGCAUCCUGGACGACCUGCAGACCCUGGAGAUCCACCACUGGUACAAGAAGUUCAUGUCCGAAUGCCCCUCCGGGCAGCUGACCGAACACGAGUUCAAGCACUUCUUCGGUCUCCGAGGACUGGACCCCGAAGCCAACAAGUACAUUGAGCAGAUGUUCCACACCUUCGACAUGAACAAGGACGGCUACAUCGACUUCAUGGAGUACGUGGCGGCUCUCAGCCUCAUCCUGAAGGGCAAGAUGGAGCAGAAGCUGCGGUGGUACUUCAAGCUCUACGACGUGGACGGCAAUGGGUGCAUCGACCGCGGCGAGCUCCUCAACAUCAUCCGGGCCAUCCGUGCCAUCAACGGCUGCAACCACGAGACGAGCGCCGAGGAGUUCACCAACCGAGUCUUCGACCGGAUCGAUAUCAACGGAGACGGCGAGCUCUCGCUGGACGAGUUUGUGGAAGGUGCCCGGAAAGAUGAGGAAUUCAUGGAGGUGAUGAUGAAGAGCUUGGACCUGGACCACAUCGUCUCCAUGAUCAACAGCAGCAGCCGGCGCAACAGCGUCUAGGAGCGGACCCGGGAGGGGAUGAUGGGAGAUGCAUUGGGAGAUACACAGGGAAGGGUCUUUGUGGGCCGCCGGUUCCGAGGAAAUACGGAGACGCCAAGGCAGAACCGGGCAGCGCGAACCCCGCCAUCGCGAUACAACGGACUGGACUUGGAGCCCUUGACUUGGAGGACAGGCACCCUUCACAUGACAGGCGCUUCCCAGUCCCUUUGUGAUCUUUGCACACGCUAUUUGCACACGCUGUACACGCUAUUUGCAUACACUGUGCGCAAUAGGAUUUCCUAAAUGGGGAAGAACGGCUUUUAGAUGCCUUUGGGGAAACGCGCUCAGAGCCUCCGGGAGAUUGUGGGUGACAUUUCUAGCCAUAGGUUUACCUAGAACCAGAUCAGUUGUAGUUAGGACUGGCUCUCUUAAGUAUGGAAACACCCUCCCUUUUUUUAAUGCUUCAUCUCCCGGAAAAGGGCCAGGCUUUCAGCUUUGGGCAUUAUUGCACAAUGGUUAGAAAACGGGUCCGACUGUUGCAAGGUUGGAGGAGUGCUGGAGAGGUUCUCCCUCUGCGCAUUGCAUUCCCACUUUCCAAAAAGCAUCCCUGCCAUUAAGUGACUCCUCCUGACCUGCGCAUUGGAAUAUCAUAACUACUUACUGGUUCGAAAGCAAUCGCUAUCCCCUCCUGUGUGCAAUUGUGCUAUUGCACACUCAUUCUUUGCUUUGCACUCUCCUCUCCUGGUCCUCUGUUUUUCUCUGUUUUCUGCGCUCAAGCAAAUGGGAACAUAUCCAUAACUUACCAGUUCACUAUCAUACCCUGUUGCACAAUUGUGCUAUUGUGCUAUUGCACAUUCAUUCUUUGCUUUGCACUCUCCUCUCCUGGUUCUCUGUUUUUCUCUGUUUUCUCCCCUGAAACAAACAGGAACAUAUCAAUAACUUACCAGUUCACUAUCAUACCCUGUUGCACAAUUGUGCUAUUGUGCUAUUGCACACUCAUUCUUUGCUUUGCACUCUCCUCUCCUGGUCCUCUUUUUUUGUUAUCUCCCUUGAAGCAAAUGGGAACAUAUCAAUAACUUACCAGUUCACUAUCAUACCCUAUUUCACAAUUGUGCUAUUUCACACCCAUUCUUUGCUUUGCAUUCUCCUCUCUUGUUCCUAAAAUUUUCUGUUUUAUCUUCCCUGAGGUGCAUGGAGACAUAGCAAUAACUUAUCAGUUCACUAUCACACCCUAUUUCACAUUUGUGCUAUUGCACACCCGUUCUUUGCUUUGAACUCUCCUCUCCUGGUCCUCUGUUUUUCUGUGUUAUCUCCCCUGAAGCAAAUGGGAACAUAUAAAUCUUACCAGUUCGCUAUCAUACCUUAUUUCACAAUUGUGCUAUUUCACACCCAUUCUUUGCUUUGCAAUCUCCUCUCCUGGUUCUCUGUUUUUUUGUGUUAUUUCCCCUGAAGCAAAUGGGAACAUAUCCAUAACUUACCUGUUCACUAUCAUACCCUGUUGCACAAUUGUGCUAUUGCACACUCAUUCUUUGCUUUGCAUUCUCCUCUCUUGUUCCUAAAAUUUUCUGUUUUCUCUUCCCUGAGGUGCAUGGAGACAUAGCGAUAACUUACCAGUUUGCUAUUUCACCCUGUUUCACAAUUGUGCUAUUUCACACUCAUUCUUUGCUUUGCACUCUCCUCUCCUGGUCCUCUGUUUUUUUGUGUUAUUUCCCCUGAAGCAAAUGGGAACAUAUCCAUAAUUUACCAGUUUGCUAUCGCAUCCUGCUGCACAAUUGUGCUAUUGCACACUCAUUCUUUGCUUUGCACUCUCCUCUCUUGGUCCUCUGUUUUUCUGUGUUGUCUCCCUUGAAGCAAAUGGGAACAUAUCCAUAACUUACCAGUUCACCAUCGCACCCUAUUGCACAAUUGUGCUAUUGUGCUAUUGCACACUCAUUCUUUGCUUUGCACUCUCCUCUCCUGGUCCUCUAUUUUUUGUGUUAUUUUCCCUGAAGCAAAUGGGAACAUAUCAAUAACUUACCAGUUUACUAUCUGACCCUAUCUCACCCUGAAGUGCAUGGAGACAUAGCAAUAACCUAUCUGUUCACUAUCCCGCUGUUGCGUAUUUGUGCUAUUCCACUCUCCCUCGUUGUUUUGCACUGUCCUCUCCUGGUCCCCUGCUUUCCUAUUUCACAUCCUAUCUUCCCUGAAGCAAAUGGGAACAGACCAUCGUCUUACCAGUUUGAAGAUAAUAAAUAUUACAACGUCCCAGGUGUAGAAGGAGUGUACCGAGGUCUCCAGUCUGCAAUUGCACUAUUUUCAUGCUCAUUCUUUGCUUUUCUUUUCUUUUCUCCUCUUCCAGUCUUCUCUUUUCCAUUUUACCUCGUUUCUCUCCUGAAGGAAAUGGGAAAAAAUCAACAACUUCUCAGUUUGAAAACCAUUAUUAUCACAAUUGUUUGCUAUUGUACAAUUGCACACUCAUUCUUCGCUUUGCCUCUCCUCUUCCAGUCCUCGAUUUUCCCGUUUCCAUUCUUAUCUCCUCUGAAGCAGCAACGGGACGGACACAACAUUGUGCGAUAGAUGCAGUGAUCCCGCCGUCUUUGCACUUGAACAGCCUGCUGUGAUAAAUUCCUUGGCAUGCAAAGAGAUCUGGGAGCCCCUUUGAGACCAAUGGAGAGAAAUAAGAUCAAUAGCGGAAGCUUUUGCAGACCGAGUCUCCUUCAUCCGAUGUGGGGAGCAAGUGCCUAGUCUCCAAGGUCUCAAGUGUGCGCGAAGAUCCCUUUGCAGAAAGAUAUUCUAGACUAGCUCAGCUGCAUUUUGGAAUUCAAGACCUUGGUUGAUUUAGUACUCUUUGUACGUUUUGCAAUUAAAAGCAUAAAAAAAGA